GGAAAAAUUCCAAUUUUCGGCCAAACCCCCGGUACAAUUAAGCCACGUCAUUUCUUCCAAAUCAUCGAUAUCAGUUCAAUCCGAUCGAAUCAAUCAAUAAUCGAUAUCAGUAUUCGAUUUUCAUUCAUCGGAUUUUCAUCGGUGUGAAUUGGAUAACCCAACCAACCGAAACUCGCCGCCUCAACACGAUGACGUCAUCAUUUCUCGCAGUCUUUUUGAUGCUCCAACUUGUGCAAUUCUCGUUGGCAGCAGACUCGGCGACCCAGAAGCCAAAGCACAGCAACCCGAUGUACCAAGUGGGCUUCGAAUUGAAAAAACCGAUGGUUGUUCCGGCGGCCGAAGGUGAUUUCCACAACACUAUGAUUUUGGUGGACAAUUUGCGUACAGGCAACAGGGAUAGUUAUAAAUACGCAAUGAUUGGCGUUAUCCUUCUCGACGGCGUCUUCACAUUUUCCGGAAUCGAGGAAACGUACAUUCCAAACUUGGAAAAAAGCGGGUCAAACUUUUGUAUGCCGUUCAAAGGAAUCAAUGUCGUGAAGAAGUGCAAUAUGGAGUAUUUCCUGUUGAAUGCCGACUUUGUCAACUUGGAAAAAACCGUAUUCAAGAAAUCUCAAACUCUUGAUAAUGUUUGCACGGGACCGGAAAACACAUUCAAGACGCCUGACGCCGGCAAUUACGUGGUUCGAUACGGAGAACGUGUGCUCAUGACAUACAAGGCUGGAUCCAACUACAGAAAAUGCAUUGGGACAUAUGAUGUUGAUGAUGACUUGUUCACAUGUGUCAUGCCAACUGAUAAUAAUGGAUUUGAAGGACUUGAGAUGGGCGGAUUCUUGUAUGAUCCAGUGACUGGUGAACCUCACCGCGACGAUGGAUCGGUCGAAGUCUUUUGCAAGAUCCCGCACAAAUUCUAGUGAUGAAUCGUCGAAACGGCAAAAUUAACUUGAUCUGUCGAAUAUGAAUAAAAUCAGUUUG